AUGAAAAUUCGCAGUUUGGUACUACUGGUACACUUAGUACUACUAGUGAAGUCUGCACCACCUAUGGGCACAGAACAAGACGGUAAAGGCUGUAAUAAGCAGUACUUUGACCAAGACUCAUUUGUAUGUACAUGUAGCGUCACUUCUGGUUGUGAUUCGGUAGAACCGGUUGGUACCAUCAAGGAUGACGAAGCUGUGGUAUAUACAACAUCAUUGGAUGGGGAUAGGCUCACGAGGACUGUUGAGAACUUUGGAAUAUACAAAGGUGGGUUACUUUAGUUGAAAACGCAUUAUAUUUAAAUUUUAAAAUUUUUGAAAAAAGGAUUGGGCGCAGAUCGAAAAAUAAAUUUUUACAUUUUGCCAUUCUUUAUGUGACUACAAGUCAAUAUUACCUCAUUUUAUAAAUUUUUAAGUUGCAGGACACACAAACAGCUCAUAUUUGAUAGAAUUAGUAUCAAACACCGACUGGCUUCAAAAGAUAAUCGGCUUUGGUGGCGCCAUUACUGAUUCAGUACAAGUUGUAUAUGACAUUGCUGCUCGUAAUAGGCUGAAUACUCUUUUACUGGAUCAAUAUUAUGGACCUAACAGUAUGUUUUUUGUUUUAUAUUGUCUUUUAUAUUGUUUUUGGGUUUUUUUGCUUCAUUUUGACAACACUGGCUUCUGCAGCCUGCGGAAGGCUCGGGGGCAGCUUGUUUUUUAAAAGUUGGUUGAUUACGGUUUUCAGUGGUAAAACAUUGUGAAGUGAAGGCAGGGAACUUUUCAGGUAUCGAAUACAGUUUGGGACGGAUUCCAAUUGGCAGUUCGGACUUUUCCGAAACAGAAUGGUCGUAUUUGGAAGAGCCUGAGGACUAUUUGCUGAGCAAGUUUAGUUUGGCCAAGGAUAAGAAGGUUAGACUUAACUUUUGAAAACUUACUUUGAUCUUUUUUUGAAAUUUUGACUUUUUUUUUAAUUUUUCGGGUUUUGGAUCAUGGUUAAUAUAGAAAACUGUUAAUAAUGUGAAGUUUUUUGAAUACACUGGCUUUAAAAUUAAAUAUACUGAAAUUAUAUUGUUAUAGGUACCUUUAGUACGUGCUAUUCUUCAAAAGAAUCCGGAAAUAAAGUUGUUUGCUUCGGCAUGGUCAGCUCCAGGAUGGAUGAAAGAUACCGGUCGAAUGAGAGGUGGUGGCAAACUACAAGGAGGUCUGAACGGGAUAUAUUACUUGACUUAUGCUAAAUAUAUCUUAAAGUGAGUAGACUCAUAUCUUGUGGUUAUCAUUUUUGUCAAUUUUUAGAUUUUUCAAAGCCUACGCAGCUCAAGGCAUUAACUUUUGGGGAAUGACAGUCCAAAAUGAACCUGCAACUGGCGCUGUCGCUGAUUAUAGGUGGCAAACCAUGUAUCUUAGCCCGGCUAUGCAAAGGUAAGGAUUAGACAGAUGAUUGCUGAGGUUGGAAAUUAAGGACAGUAGGGCAGCGUUGGGUAGGAUAGGGUACAGUAGACAUGAGGAACGAGCCGGACCUGAUUUUCAGGCACGGUCCAAUUUUUUUACGUGCAAACAGCCCGGGCCUUGAUUUUCAGGCCCAGCCCGUUUCUCAUCUUUAGGGUAGGGUAGGGUAGGGUAGGGUAAAUACUAAAAUUGCACUUUAGAGACUUUGUUGAUAAACGACUGGCACCAAUGCUGAAGAGUGACAACGUGACAAAGGAUAUUCUUAUUAUGGCUCAUGAUGAUCAAAGAAGCGGAAUUCUGGAAGCUGCUAAAGAAGUAAGUAAAAAGCAUCUUUUGUUGUUCAUUAUGUAGUUUUACCAAUAAUGAUUGCACAUAUUAAAGUUUAUUUUAAAAAGUUUAGAUUUACUCAAAGAAAGUUGAGCAUGAAGUGGACGGUCUUGGCGUACAUUGGUAUUCAGCAUCUGAAUAUGAACCUCUGACUGAUGUGCACAAGAUUAAACCGGACAAGUUUAUAUUGUCUACGGAGGCAAGAAGAUUUUCACUUACUUUACUAUAACUACCCUAUCGUAUCCUUACCUAUUUUAUUUACCCUAUCCUACCCUACCUUACCCUACCCUACUGUACCCUACCCAACUUUACCCUAUUCUACCUAAAAGCAGUAAAAAUUUUUUUAAAAUCACAAUUUUAAGAUUUUAAAAACCGCUUUUUAGGCCUGCAACGCUGACCACGAUGAUGAACAUCUCCCUCUAUUUGGCAGCUGGGAAUACGCGCAAAAGUACGCUCACGAUAUAAUUCAGAAUCUCAGGAACUACGUAGCCGGCUGGACGGACUGGAACAUUUGGCUGAACGAACAAGGUGGUCCCAACUGGGUGGGCAACUUUGUAGAUGCUCCAAUCAUCGUUGACACUUAUAAGGGGGUUUUCUACAAACAGCCAAUGUACUACAUAAUGGGACACUUUAGCAAGUUCAUACCUCCAAACAGUUAUCGACUAAAGUUGAAUCAGAAUCAGGAGAAUAAGGAAUUGGAGACAGUUGGGUUUGUCACUCCCGGACUUAAAUUGGUACUAGUGGCACAUAACUGGAGUAAAGACAAAACGUUUGAAUUGCUUGUGAAGAAGAGCAAUUCAAAGUCGGCUGUCAAGAUUAGUUUGGGGCCGAAGAGCAUCAAAACCAUUAUUUUUAAUAAUUAA